CUUGUUGCUUCCUACCCUAGCCUUAAAAGUAGUUAGCGAGCUAGCGUGUAGCGAGUGAUAGCUUACUUCUGCCUUUCACUGAAAUAUACUUCGAAAGCGAAAAAGUUUGCUGCCGUGAGGAAAUAGUGAGAAGUGUCAGUCGAAGAGCAGUUUUUUUUUUUGCCGUCCUGUUCCGAGCCUUGGGUCCCGUGCCAACCGAAAUAGCGCUCUCGAGAAGCGGCGGCGGCUGAAGUGCAGCUGGAUGUGACAGGUUCGUCAUCAGAUCACUGACAGAAAGUGCCUUGUGAGACAACAUCCCUACUUGAAGAGUCCAGGGCGUUUCUGAAGAGCUUCAGCUCUUUCCCUCUGCAGUCGUGACAGGACGUAGCUCAGAGGCGAACACCCCUGACCAGCUGGUUUGUCCUUACCUGUGCUCAGUGUGAAUACACCUCAAGUGAAGAGGUGAAGCUACUGCACUGCUGACCAAGGUGCCAAAGCUCAGAGAGAGUAGGUACUGAGGACCUUUAAACAACAGAAAGCCACAAACUUUGUGUCCUAAACUGUGCCAUUGCACCUCAAAAUAGCAUCACUUUUGCUCCCCGCCAUCCACCCUUGCACAGAUAAUCAUCACUCAUACAAAGGACAUUUUGGGGACAUUGGUACAACCAGUAAGGCUUGGCUCCGAGCAUGCCCCCUCUGCCUUGUCAGAGGUCUGCACCUGAGACUUACUGAUUGAUGAACCAUUAGCUGUUUGACUGACAAACUCCACAACAGCAGCGCAGUCCCAUGCUCCGGUCACAGAGACUUUGCCAGUCCAUUACCUCUACUUUCCUGUCCGCAAGGACGACCUCAUCCACUGACCUGAAGCAGAUCAUUUAUAGCUGCAUGUUCCCUCAGUUUUAGUUGUUGUUGCGUUUUAUUUUUUUACUGGAACACUCUGAAACAACUCCUCAGAGGAUAGCCUCCUCCUUAAACCAAGUGGCUCCACUCCACCCCAGAUCCACAGCCAGCGCUGCUGACAUGGCUCUAAACAUUGCCUCGAUACGGGACACAAAAUGGCUGACCCUGGAAGUGUGCCGGCAGUUUCAGAGAGGGACUUGUUCGCGCAGUGAUGAGGAAUGCAAAUUUGCCCACCCACCCAAAAGCUGCCAGGUGGAGAAUGGGAGGGUGAUCGCCUGUUUUGAUUCGUUAAAGGGCCGUUGCACGCGAGAGAACUGCAAAUACCUCCACCCGCCCGCUCACCUGAAGACCCAGCUGGAGAUCAACGGGCGAAAUAACCUGAUCCAGCAGAAGACAGCGGCCGCCAUGUUGGCUCAACAGAUGCAGUUCAUGAUCCCCGGCACCACCAUGCAACCUGUGCAGACGUUUCCAGUCAGCCAGGGCCUGGGCUCCAGCGCAGGUUUGAGCUACACGCCUUACCUGACUCCCAUGUCCCACAGCAUGGGCCUGGUGCCCACAGACAUCUUGCCCAGCACCCCUUGCAUCGUCCCCGGCAGCCCGCCCGUCUCCGUGACCGCCGGCUCUUCCUCCAACCAGAAACUGCUGCGUACCGACAAGCUGGAGGUCUGCCGCGAGUUCCAGCGGGGCAACUGUGCCCGUGGGGAGACCGACUGCCGCUUCGCCCACCCGAGCGACAGCCCGAUGAUCGACACCAGCGACAACACGGUCACCGUCUGCAUGGACUACAUCAAGAGCCGCUGCUCCCGCGAGAAGUGCAAGUACUUCCACCCCCCGGCCCACCUGCAGGCCAAGAUCAAGGCCGCCCAACACCAGGCCAACCAGACAGCUGUGGCCGCGCAAGCCGCCGCCACAGCUGCAGCCAUGACUCAGUCGACUGCCAAAGCAAUGAAGCGACCCCUCGAGGCAACUGUAGACCUGGCGUUCCCCCACGGCGUCCUCCAGCCCCUACCAAAGAGACAAGCACUUGAGAAGAGCAACGGAGCAAGCUCCCUGUUCAACCCCAGUGUUUUGCACUACCAGCAGGCGCUGGCCAACGCACAGCUCCAGCAGCCCACUUUCUUUCCCACAGGGUCAGUCUUGUGCAUGACUCCUGCUAGCAGUCUUGUCCCAAUGAUGUACAGUGCUACGCCUGCUACUGUCUCUGCAGCAACAACUCCUGCCACAAGUGUCCCCUACGCAGCAACAGCACCAGCCAAUCAGAUCAUCCUGAAGUAAGCGUCAGGAAGGGAAUUGAGUGUCACGAAGCUGCACUAGGAAACCCAAAACAGCCCCUGUGUAAAUACUACCUUACCUCUCCCAUAGAGGUCCAGCAACCUGCAUGCUAAGAGUGUAACACUUCAAUUUAACCAUAAGAACUGCAGUGCCGGUGUAACACACACACAAAAAAAAGAUAUAUCCUGUAUGUAUUGCUAGAAAAAAAACUAUUAACAUGAAAAAGUCAAAAAUAUUCUUAUGUAUAGUACUACAUACAUAGCAGACACACUAUAGAGGUCAUUUUAACACCUGUUCUCCCAAAGUACCGUGGAUCCCCUCUCUUUCAUAUUUAUUCUAAAAACCGCUGCACAACGUUCAUCCCUUUGGUUCGGAAAAAAAAGAGACGCUCGAUUUGCACUACGUGAAAACUACAGUGCUUAACGUUGAAGUGGAAAACAGGAAGAGUCACAGAAAAAACCCGUGCACAACCACACCAACGCACUCGUCGCUUUCAAGAAGGUUUUCGUCUUCGCGGUUUUUUUUUCUCUCUAUACAAAAGUUGAAUGUCCUCGGGGCCCCUGCAAGGGUACAGCCGUGACCCUCAUCUGCCCCAGAUGCUGUUAAGAUGCCAUGAUGAAGCUUAUCCUCCCUCCCCCACCAACUUUUCAUCCCCGGGAAACAUCUUGCCAAAGUCGCAGUUUGGAGGAAGUCAGCGGAAUCCAGAAAACAGAGCCACAUUUUUUUUUUUUUAACACCCCGAUAAAUUAUUUUCGUUUUUCUCUCCUGCCAUUGCGAAAGCUCCUCGGAACGCACCCUUUAUUUGUUUCGGUGCUGGGUUCAGUUCUUUGUUCGGGAGGAGCGGCAGCGCGGGGGGAGAGAGAUUGUGCACGGAUUUUUGCAUGUAGUCGGGACUGGGGGAGACAGUGCCCAGUGUUGACAGAAGAUAGUCGUGGCCAUUACCGAAAAGCCUAAAGGCUCGGGUCUGUGCCAAGGGCUUUACAGAGCUUGAGGGUUCGUUCCAGACAUACCAAGCCUUGUGUGUGUGUGUGUGUGUGUGUGUGUGUGUGUGUGUGUGUGUGCGUGCAUGUGUGUUCGUACCUGGAGACUGAUGGUCUGCCGGCAGACUGGGACUUGAAGCGAGGUCUAGCAGGUGAUGAUAACACCAGGCCUGGUAGGAGAGGUUUUUCAGGCGGUGGGUGAGGGACUUAAGUGCUAAGACUAAACAAAAAAAAACAAAAAAAAACAACAACAACAAAAAAUAAAAAAAAACAGUGCAUUUGACGAUGCCCGUCAAGCAAAAGAUGACUUGAACUUCGACUGGAGGGCUAUCUGUGACCGUCGGUUGUCCUGUCCAACCCUACUAUCACCGAUAAUCCUGUUCCAUUUUAGAAAAAACUGUAGAAGUGCCUAAAAAAUGCUCAUCAACAACACACGCAUCCAAGAGUGUAUCACUAAAAAGUCACAGACACAAAAAACACUGGCUGUCGGAAGCUACACGGACCUUUUCGGGAAAGACAUCACAUUUUUUUGCGAACCGUUACUGGAAGCAGUUUUUCUAGCGACGGUUCGUUAACAUCACAAGUGACUUUAUCGAAAAACAAAAAGAAGUUAAAGAAACGACAAAUCAAAAAUAGCUUUGUAGAAUGUGUGGUGACUUUCAUGGUGUACCAUCGUUUCUUACCAUGGUUUGAGUAGUUUACAUGAGGAACGUGAGUGAGGAAAAAAAAUGUAUUGUAAACUGUGUAAUGUAUGUAAAGUGUCUCUUAUUUUGAGAGUUUAUAUUCACGGUUCUAGAAAUGUAUUCAAAGUUAUUUAAAAUUUGUGUUGUGUCUAUUAUCAAGGUAUGUUUGAACCGCCCCCCAAAAAAACCCACCCACCCUUCACACCAUCUCCACCUCCACCCAGAACAAUCAUUUGUCCUUCAGCCAAGGUCAUAAAUCUCUUUAGUUUUUGGGGUUUUUUUUGCAUUUUAUCUAGGUUUAACCCACGAUACUAAAUCUUAUUUUCCAUUAUUCCAAACGUUCUGAUGUAAAUUCAUGGUGCUUGAUUAACAUUGACAAUCCACAAUCAUACCUUGGAACGAGAGUGCUCCACUCUGGGUUUCACACUUUGGUUUCAUUCACUCUGAUUGUCUUCACAUGCAUUAUGAUUUGUAUGUAAUAUUUGUGGAAGGUGGUAAAAGUUCUAUUUUGUUGUAAUUUAUCUUAUGUUACUCUUGGUCAAAUUUUAGUCAAAAACAAUGUUGUUAACUAUUCUAUUUUGAAAUGAAUGUAAUUUAUUGAGCUGUGCUACAUUCUGCACGGUUGGUCAUUUCAAGGUCUAACCUGUCAGGUCAGCGAAUGAGAAGUCGCACACGUCUGAGGGGUGGGGCUUAAAAGUCAACCCACCAAUAGAAAGCUACUGGAUCUUUCUUGCCUUCUCAUUGAUUAAAAAGAUCACGGUGUUGCAGUAAUGAGCAUAGUUAUAGAGUUGCUUGUGUUGUUGGAAAAAAAAAUGUUUAUUGUAUAGAUGACAUUUUACCAAAAAAAGAGAAGAAAAAUUCAAAAAAGAUGUACUUUUCACUCUAGUAUAAUAGUAUUUCAUAACAAUAUUAAGUUGUUGCUGUGGCAACCAAAUGUUGCAAUUACUAAAGUUCGGUAUUUUUGUAAAUGACAUUGUUAAGUUGAUUUUUUGUUUCUUUUUGCUAGAACACUGUACACAAGGUAGAUUGUAAAGAAGAUAUGAACAUUUCUUAUUCUUCACUGAGAUUAUGACAAUGACCUAAUAUUUUCAUUAGCAAAUAACAGCCUCUAUAGUGCUGUGACUGUAACACUUAAAUAGAUUUAAAGUCAUCAAUGUUACAUAGAUUAUAUAUAAAUAUAUAUAUAUAAGAACUAAAUAAUCUAUAAAUUAAUAAGUUCAGAUGUACAACUCUUCCCCCGACAAAGGACCUUUAGGUUCCACACCGAGACAUUUUAUUCGAGGCGUAUGUAUCACUAGAGUUAAGGAUUGCACUUUUCAUAUUGUUCAAAGAUGUGAUCUGUUUUUCAUUUCCUUUAAGGGUUUCGAGGUUUUCUGCCCCCUGCUACUCCAGUAAAUCUGUUUAUCAAUCAAAAGCAGAUAUUACCAGUAAAUAACUUUAAUUCAACAUGUUGCAUGAGACACAAUAUUUUUCCUUUCUUACUAAAUGAUAACGUACUGAAUGUUUCUAGUGAAAAGAAAAAAGUCUGUACACACAAAAUGUCCUCAUUUGGUGACCCACAAUGCCCUUGUGUAUGGAAUCCUCUCGAGGUGUAACGUCUUUUUUUGAAAAUGUGUUCGCAAUGAUUGAUGGUAAAAAGAAAAAUGUAAGCACUUUCUGAGCAGUUGGUCAACUGAGCAGACUCAGCUUAUCCAAACACUUUGCCUUAUCUUGAGUCCAUCGUGCUUAAGGUUUUAUGUUUUAAGGAGCUCUUAAAGAAAUUUAUUCAAGAGACCUGAACCGGGUCUCUCUUCUCAAAUCCCUUCUCAGUUUCAUUUCAAAUAUGUAUCUUUAUAUCUAAAACCAUUUUUUAAAGUUUUAAUGUGCGCAUCACAAGGCCAAAACGGGCGACUGCGACAGAGUGAGCAGUCAUUGAUCUUUACCUCUCGUCUCCCAAAUCUGUAGUGAGAUCUUUCUGUUCCAUUGCCUUACAAUGGAACUGUUCGGAGCUUGUAAUUCACAGCUUUAGCCAGCAGAGUGCACUACACUGGAGACUGCAGGUUAGGACCGGUGACUGCCUGUGCCAUCAUGGUUGCAGUGCGCCCUACCAACAAAGUAAAGUUAAAUUGACAAGAAGACCCUCAUCGGAUUUAUAGUUUUAAUGUAAUCAUUUUUCAAUGUAUUCUUUUUGCAUAUAUUUUGUGCUAUUUUAUGUUUCUAUAGUCAAAUGUUUCUUUGGUUCCAGCAAGAUAGUGUAAAAUCUAUUGAAAGAAAGAAAUAAAGAAAAUGAAAUGAA